AUGGAAGAGCUAGGGGCCUACAGGGAAGGGGGCUCCAGGGAAGAGCUAGGGGCCUACAGGGAAGGGGGGCUCCAGGGAAGAGCUAGGGGCCUACGGGGAAGGGGGGUCUACAGGGAAGGGGGUCUACAGGGAAGGGGGCUACAGGGAAGGGGGGCGUACAGGGAAGGGGGCCUACAGGGAAGGGGGCUACAGGGAAGGGGGGCGUACAGGGAAGGGGGCCUACAGGGAAGGGGGGCUACAGGAAAGGGGGGCUACAGGGAAGGGGGGCUACAGGGAAGGGGGGCUACAGGGGGGGCUACAGGGAAGGGGGGCUACAGGGAAGGGGGGCCUACAGGGAAGGGGGCUACAGGGAAGGGGGCCUACAGGGAAGGGGGGAUACAGGGAAGGGGGCUUACAGGAAAGGGGGCUACAGGGAGGGGGGCUACAGGGAAGGGGGGCUACAGGGAAGGGGGGCUACAGGGAAGGGGGCUACAGGGAAGGAGGGGCUACAGGGAAGGGGGCUACAGGGAAGGGGGCUACAGGGAAGAGCUAGGGGCCUACAGGGAAGGGGGCAACAUGGAGGGGUUAGGGGCCUACAGGGAAGGGGGCUACAUGGAGGGGUUAGGGGCCUACAUGGAAGGGGGGCCUACAGGGAAGGGGGGCUACAGGGAGGGGUUAGGGGCCUACAGGGAAGGGCGGGCGACAUGGAGGGGUUAA